UUUUUCAUUUCAGAUAUUGACCAUGAUAAUACAAGUCCAGUGAAACGUAAAGUGUUAAAUGCCAACUCAAUUGGAGUUUUAUCACCAAGUCAUUUUAGAACUCCGAGAAAGGCAAAGAGACAUUUGGACAUGGUGAAGAACAAAUACAGAGAAAAGCAAAUUCAAAAUGAUAAUCUCAAAAAACAAAUUAAAAGACUGAAAGAAAAAGUCAAAACGUACGAUGAUCCUGUUCAAAAGUUACACCAAAAGCAAUUUUUAACUGAGAAUGCAUCUGUCCACUUGCAGGAAUGGCAUCACUGUUGGCAAGCUAGAAAUGACCGCACCACCCACCCGCAUCCCACCUGGAUGCUCCGUCUAUGA